AUGUUCCGCGGUCUGGAAGGGCUGAGGACGCUGAUGCUCAGAAAUAACCGGGUCAGCUGUGUGCACAAUGAUAGCUUCACCGGCCUCAGGAACGUUCGCCUCUUGUCCCUGUACGACAAUCAGAUCAGCACAAUCACUCCAGGAGCCUUUGACACACUGCAGUCUCUCUCCACGCUAAACUUGCUGGCCAAUCCUUUCAACUGCAACUGCCAGCUGGCCUGGCUCGGGGAUUGGCUGAGAAGGAGGAAGAUAGUAACGGGAAACCCUCGCUGCCAGAACCCGGACUUCCUACGCCAGAUCCCGCUGCAGGAUGUGGCCUUCCCUGACUUCAGAUGUGAAGAAGGUCAGGAGGAGCUGAGUUGUGCUCCACAGCCUCUGUGUCCUCAGGAAUGUACCUGCCUGGACACCGUUGUCCGCUGCAGCAACAAACACCUAUUGUCACUGCCAAAGGGUAUCCCGAAGAAUGUCACCGAACUAUACUUGGAUGGUAAUCAGUUCACAAUGGUGCCGGCACAACUAUCUACAUUCAAAUUUUUACAGCUGGUAGACCUGAGCAACAACAAGAUCAGCUCCCUCAGCAAUUCGUCAUUUACCAACAUGAGUCAACUCACCACAUUGAUUCUGAGUUACAAUUCUCUGCGCUGUAUUCCUCCUCUGGCUUUUGAGGGACUGCGAUCCCUGAGGCUUCUGUCCGUCCACGGGAACGACAUCUCCAGCCUGCCAGAAGGAAUCUUUUCUGAUGUCACCUCCCUCUCUCACCUAGCGAUCGGCGCCAACCCUCUGUACUGCGACUGCAACCUGCGCUGGCUGUCAAAUUGGGUGAAGACCGGUUACAAGGAGCCUGGCAUUGCCCGCUGUACGGGGCCCCCGGAGAUGGACGGGAAGCUGCUUCUCACCACACCAGCCAAGAAGUUUGAAUGCACAGGGCCGCCAAGCCUAAGUAUCCAGGCCAAGUGCCAUCCCUGCCUGUCCAGUCCAUGCCGGAACCAAGGCGUCUGUCAGAACGAUCCCGUGGAGUACUACAAAUGUAUCUGUCCACCUGGAUACAAGGGCAAGAAUUGUGAGAUCUCCCUGAAUGCGUGUUCCAGCAACCCGUGUGAAAAUCAGGGCGUAUGUCACCCCAAAGACGACGCUAGCGGCUUCAUAUGUUCUUGUCCCGAUGGGUUCGAGGGCCCCACGUGUGCAGUAAACAGAGAUGAAUGCAAAUACAGCGACUGCUAUAAUGGCGGCACUUGCGUGGACGGAUUAAACACCUAUACUUGUCUGUGUGCAGCACAAUUCACAGGUGAAUACUGUGAGCAGUCGGUGGACUUUUGUUCUGCAGAGCUCAAUCCUUGUCAUCCCGAUUCCAAAUGCGUUUCAACUGCAGAGGGUCCAAAAUGUGAAUGUGCACCAGGCUAUGGAGGAGAAAACUGCAGCCUCAACCAUGACGACUGCCAAGACCACCGCUGCCAGAACAACGCCAAGUGUGUGGAUGAGGUGAACGGCUACUCCUGUCAAUGUACAGAGGGAUACAGUGGUCAGCUCUGUGAAAUGCCUUCUCAGUCAUCCACUUUGACCAAUCCAUGUAAGUUAGCAGACUGCCAGAACGGAGCCAACUGCAUCGACCUGGGGAACAGCGCCGUGUGUCAGUGUCUUCCUGGGUUUGGCGGCACCAGGUGUGAAAAGCUCUUGAGUGUCAACUUUGUGGACAGGGACACCUACCUGCAAUUCACAGACCUCCAGAACUGGCCACGGGCAAAUAUCACGCUUCAGGUAUCCACAGAUGAAGACAAUGGAAUUCUGCUGUACAAUGGAGACCGUGACCACAUGGCGGUAGAAUUAUAUCAAGGCCAUGUCAGAGUGAGCUACGACCCCGGCACUUUCCCCAGCUCCGCCAUCUACAGUGCAGAGACGAUCAACGACGGCCAAUUCCACACUGUAGAGCUGGUUACGUUCGACCAGAUGGUUAAUCUGUCUAUUGACGGUGGGGCACCCAUGACCAUGGACAAUUUUGGGAAACACUAUACCCUCAAUAGUGAAACUCCGCUGUAUGUCGGAGGAAUGCCGGUAGAUGUCAACUCCGCUGCUUUCCGACUCUGGCAGAUUCUUAAUGGCACCAGCUUUCACGGCUGCAUCCGCAACCUGUAUAUUAAUAACGAGCUCCAGGACUUCACCAAGACUCAGAUGAAAGCCAGGGGUAGUCCCAGGAUGUGAACCCUGCAAAAAGCUCUUCUGCCUCCACGGUAUUUGUCAACCCAACGCUGCCAACGGGCCGGUGUGCCAUUGUGAGACAGGCUGGAUGGGCCCCCACUGUGACCAGCAGAUCAGUAAUGCUUGCAUGGGACAUAAGUGCGUACACGGGACUUGUAUGCCCCUGGAUGCUCUGACUUACAGCUGUGUGUGCCAAGAAGGCUACAAAGGUGCUCUGUGCAACCAGCAAGCAGAACUCUACAAUCCCUGCAAGAACCUUCAGUGCCAGCAUGGGCGAUGCCAGAUCUCUGAUGUGGGUGAAGCCUACUGCGAAUGUGACAGCGGCUUUGAGGGCGAAGUCUGUGAUCAGGAGUCAGAGUGUAGAGGGGAGCCCGUCCGGGAUUACUACCAGGUGCAAAGAGGGUACGCCAUUUGCCAAACCACGCGGGUGGUGUCUUGGGUGGAGUGCCGGGGCUCCUGCCACAACCAAGGCUGCUGCACGGGGCUACGCAUGAAGCGCAGGAAGUACACGUUCGAGUGCAGCGACGGAUCCUCCUUCGUGGAAGACGUAGAGAAGCCAAUCAAAUGCGGGUGCUCCCAGUGUAUGUAG